AUGAGUCCACAUACUUCUGGGGAAUUGAAGGUCAAAAAACGAAACAAUUUAAAAGAUUUUAUUGUAAAUUCGCAAUAUUUGGGUGUCUCACAUUUACUUAUUUUGACGAGAUCGGAGUUGUCUGUAAACCUUCGAAUUAUUAAAAAUUCACAAGGACCAACUUUGCACUUUAAAGUGGAGAAAUAUUGCUUGGCCCAUGAUGUUUUAUCAACUCAAAAACGUCCCCCUAUUUAUGAAGAACUUUUUAAAAAUGCACCUUUACUUGUUAUGAAAGGAUUAGCUUCAAGUAAUGAAAGACAUUUACAGUUGGUACAAACUGUUGUGGAAAAUAUGUUUCCUGAAAUUGAUGUUGAUAGGGUCAAAUUGGGAACAAUUAGACGAACUCUUCUACUUCAUUAUGACCCCGAAGAAGGCUUAUUUGAACUUAGACAUUAUUCAAUAAAAACAGUUCCAGCAGGUGUUUGUCGCUCAGCAAAAAAAUUAUUGCAAAAUAAAGUUCCCGAUUUAUCAAAAUAUAAGGACAUUAGUGAUUUUAUGUUAAAGCCUGGACAACUCAGCGAUAGUGAAUUUGAAGGGGAACAAGUAGAAUUGGAAUUAAAACAAGAUAUUGGUGGAAGAGGGAAAAAAGCUGGGCAGAAAACAAAAUUAAGAUUAAUUGAAAUAGGACCAAGAAUGACUUUGCGUUUAACAAAAAUUGAGUCGGGAAUUAAUGAUGGAGAAGUUUUGUAUCACGCUUUUGUUGAGAAGGAUGUGAAAGAAAUUGCAGUAUUGAGGAAACAAGCACCUCUUUCAAGGUUUUUUUAA